GCGUUGGGUUCCUGUAAUCAACCAGAUCUUAUCGUUUUUGAUGAUGUUUCUGCUCUGGAAAGGCUAAAUAUGCGGGCAUCCGCAGUUGUGUAUCUGCUAUAUGAACUCUACAACCGUUUAGAACCAUCUGGAUUGUUGUUAGCUUUGUUCGCUAUGAAAACCAAAGCAUUCUCUAUAAUGGUUAGCAAAGCUGAUUUUAUAAUUGAACUUACUCCUGUUGGUUCGGGAUUUGGCAAGGAUGUUACCGGACAGAUGAUGGUUAAUGUUCGAGGAGCUACAUCAACGCCUGAUAACUUCGAACUGCUUUACUUUACUGGAGAGCGAUCGAUUAAGGGUUUUUAUCCCGGAGGAAUCUCAUUUCUGAAUCUAUAA